CCUACGUUUUGGCCACGGGUCACUUUGGAAGGAUUUGAUUGAUUGGGCCUGUAGCUGACACCAACAUCCUAUACUGACAAUACUUCAAAUACUCUUCCAAUUUUAAACAUCACGGAUUUUCUUUUUUUAGGAAUGUUUGUUCCUUUUGUAUAUUUUAAGUUUUGACUAUAUCCAGGACGGAUGCGAUUUCCUUUGUCUUUUCUUCAUGCGUCCCGCGAACCAAAGCGUUUAUGGGAACGCGCGGGAGCCUCCGGAGGCGCGGACUGCGGGACGUAAGUAGCUCUCCAGGGUGCUGAACUGGUCUCCAGAAAACGCGCAGAACGCAGCGCACCGGCUCCCCGGUCGUCACUUUCCGCCCGUGGUCCGGACGCGAUGACUCUCCGCCGGAUCGACACUGGGCGUCGUCGGGGGUGAACGACAUUUUUGGGAGAUGGUGAGGUGACGGUGUGUGUGGCUUCACAGCAGUAAAUCCGAGAGGACACCUGUGCGAUUGUCUCAUUGGACCCCAAAGCUGCCUCGAUGGCACCAAAAAUACGGCAAGUAAUUAAUUUAAACGACUUCAUUAUGCCUCAUCAAAGCCAUUUAUUAAAUAAAUACAACAGUUUUGUUGUGCCCAUUUUGCAGGUGUAACCUCGUUUAAUUGAUUGUUCAAAGGUGAACAAAAACAUUCACCGCCUUGGACACCCUGUGAGGACAAUGCAAACUAUUCAUCCGCAUUUCAGAGGGGCGCUAUGGGAGUCCAACUAUCCAUGUUUGCCCAUUAAAAGCAGACCAACUUUAACAACAACUCCCUUUUAUAGCUUUCUGUUAUGGGUCCUCAUUGGGGUGUUGACGUUCCCAUGCUGUGUCCGCUGUUUGAUAUUCAAAGUGGGGGUCCUGGGGCCUUGGAACUGCGACCCCAUAUACUACCGGGCCCAGCCCGCUGCGGCCGCCAGGCUGGCUGUAAACCGGAUAAACGAAGACUUAAAUCUGGACCUGGGCCUCAAAAUAGACUUCGUCAUCCUGCAGGAGCCCUGCGAAACCUCCAGAGCCCUCACGGCGUUCAUUAACAAUGAGAUGAUGGCCGAUGCGUUUGUGGGCCCCACCAACCCCGGCUACUGUGUUGCAGCCUCUCUGCUGACCAAGAACUGGGACAAGGCCAUCUUCUCCCACGGCUGCGUUAACAACGAGCUGGACCGGCUCAUAGGAUACCCGACCUUUGCAAGGACCGUGCCGUUUCCCGCCGACGUGUUGUUCGCCGUCUUGAAACACUUCAGGUGGGCCAGCAUUGUGGUGGUCUCGUCCAAUGAGGACAUUUGGAAGGAUACCGCUGGGAGAGUGGCUAUUGCUCUCAGGCAGAAGGGGCUUCCCGUUGGCCUGGUAACAUCCAUCGGUCUCAAUGAGACGGAAGUUGAGGGCACACUGAGGAAGAUCCAGGCUGCAGGAGAGAUCAGGGUCAUCAUCAUGUGCAUGCACUCCAUCCUGUUGGGAGGGGAGCAGCAGGCCACCUUUCUUCUCACAGCACAGAAAAUGGGCCUGACUUCUGGGAAGUAUGUGUUUGUACCCUACGACACCCUCCACUACAGCGUGCCCUACACCAACGUCUCCUACUUCCCAUUGCAAAACAACAGCCGGCUGAGGGAGGCCUACGACGCCGUGCUCACCAUCACCAUUGCCUCCGAGCCUUGGUCCUUCAACGAGGCGUUCGCCUCCGCCAAGAUGAGUGGGGAAAUAACGCUAUCCGUGCAGCCGGAGCAGGUAACCCCACUCUUUGGGACCAUCUACAACAGCAUCUACCUGCUGGCCAAGUCCAUCCACAAUACCAGGAGAGGAGGCAUGCCGCUGUCAGGCAGUAACCUGGCCUACUUCGUUAAGAACACAACGUUCACAGGCUUCAACCAGAAGGUCAAGGUGAACACCGGCGGGGAGGUGAAGACCAACUAUGUCAUCCUGGACUCUGACAACAGGGGGGGCAAACUGUACCAGACCUACCUGGUGGACCUAACGACGGGAUCGCUUCGUUUCGCCGGGAGGUCCAUUCAGUUUCCGGGAGGAUAUCCUCCGCCGUCCGACUCCAGCUGCUGGUUUGACGAGAACGUCAUGUGCACGGGAGGUGUGGAGGUCAUCUACAUUGUAGUGGUGUUUGCUGUCAUCUUCACACUGGCGGUAGCUGGACUCAUCAUAAGUCUUUAUAUCAGGAGGAGACUCCAACAGAUCCAGCUGGUCAAAGGUCCCAAUCGAAUCCUCCUGACCUUAGAGGAUCUCACUUUUAUCAAUCCUCAGCUUAGCAGAAAGAGAAUCACUUUAGAGGACCUGAGCGAGUCCAAGAGUGCUCUUGAAGACAAAUCUACCGACCUCUCGCACUCUGUUAACAGUAUGCAUACUGCAACCCAUGAAAACACCAAUGUAGCCGUGCACGAGGGCGACUGGGUGUGGUUGAAGAAAUUUGAAGAGGGACAGUUCAAAGUAAUGAAGCAGAGCACAACCAAGAUUUUCACAAAGAUGAAAGACCUGAGAAACGAGAACGUGAAUCCGUUCAUUGGCUUCUUUUUGGACUGCUCCAUGUAUGCGGUGGUGACGGAGCACUGCUCCCGGGGGAGUCUGCAGGACCUGCUGAGGAACGAGGAUGUCAAAUUGGACUGGAUGUUCAAGUCCUCGCUUCUGCUCGACCUCAUCAAGGGUAUAAAAUACCUUCACCACAGAGACUUCCCCCACGGCAGAUUAAAAUCUCGUAACUGUGUGGUAGACGGGCGUUUUGUCCUCAAGAUUACGGACUAUGGCUUCAAUGAGCUGCUCGAGUCUCAGAAAGCUGACAUAGAAGAACCUCUACCUGAAGAUUUAUUUUGGACAGCUCCAGAGUUCUUGAGGGAUCUUGCAAACUCCCGCAAAGGCACCUACAAGGGAGACGUGUACAGCUUCUCUAUCAUCCUUCAAGAGGUGGUGGUCAGAGGUUCGCCAUACUGCAUGCUGGGUCUCCUUCCCGCUGAAAUCAUCCGUAAGGUGAAGAAGCCUCCUCCCAUGUGUCGCCCCACCGUUGCUCCGGACCAGGCCCCCCUGGAGUGUAUCCAGCUAAUGAAGCAGUGCUGGAGCGAAAUGCCUGAACGCAGACCAACAUUUGAUGAGAUCUUUGACAGGUUCAAGAUAAUCAACAAGGGUAAGAAGACUAACAUCAUUGACUCCAUGCUGAGGAUGCUGGAACAGUACAGCUCCAACCUGGAGGACCUCAUAAGGGAGAGAACAGAGGAACUGGAGGUGGAGAAACAGAGAACCGAAAAACUGCUUUCAGAGAUGCUACCACCUUCUGUUGCUGAGGCGCUGAAGACCGGUGCUACUGUGCAGCCAGAGUACUUUGACCAGGUGACCAUCUACUUCAGCGACAUUGUAGGAUUCACGACCAUCUCCUCGCUCAGUGAUCCCAUCGAGGUGGUCGACCUGCUGAAUGACCUCUACUCUCUGUUUGACGCCGUGCUCAGUAACCAUGACGUCUACAAGGUGGAGACCAUCGGUGAUGCCUACAUGGUGGCAUCGGGUUUACCAAAGAGAAAUGGCAAUAAGCAUGCUGCUGAGAUUGCCAACAUGUCUCUGAACAUCCUCAGCUCAGUGGGAACCUUCCACAUGCGGCACAUGCCAGACGUUCCCGUCAGGAUACGCAUAGGAAUCCAUUCAGGGCCCUGCGUCGCUGGGGUGGUAGGUCUGACUAUGCCUCGGUACUGCCUUUUUGGCGACACCGUCAAUACUGCUUCCCGUAUGGAGUCCACUGGGCUGCCUUAUAGAAUCCAUGUGAAUAUGACCACUGUGAAGAUCCUGCGUUCUUUAAAUGAGGGUUACAAAAUAGAUGUCAGAGGCAAGACCGAGCUGAAGGGUAAAGGUAUUGAGGAGACAUACUGGCUCGUAGGGAAAACAAACUUUACGAAGCCUUUGCCAAAACCACCGGAGAUCAAACCAGGGGAAGACAAUCACGGCCUGAACCCUGAGGACAUAGCUGAGUACAGGAGAAAGAAAGCUGAGAAGAAGGCAUGACCUUCUUAGUCCAGACAUGGGAGGUAGAGACCCGCAUGCCAGCUGGUGUCGUCUUGUCGAAAUGUUACUUCUGCUGUCAAAGUGUCCUGUGAGCUUGACCCCUCUCGUUGAUUACCAAGCCUGUGAUCUGCUAGUCUCAUUAAUCUCUUGAUCUUAUCACCUUCCACGUCUUCUUAAGCAGAUUGAGGAAAGCCCUCUUUGUUGAUUUGCUUUUAUUGUGGGUGAUUGCCGCUUAUUUUUCCCCUCUUUUUCUGCUUUUUGGCAUGCUUUCACUGUGUUUUUACGCUUCUGAAUCACAAAUGUCAUUCUGAAACACAAUAUUGGUCUGAACUCUCUGCGUUUGCUGUAGGGACAACUGGCAGGAAAUGGUCACGGAGGAGAUCAAGACCCUUUUUCGCAAGGCCAACAGACAGGUGGACAAGAAGAUCUGAAUUAGAGGACAAAAAGAGACGUGAAGAGAUGUGAAAAAAAAGGCAAAACCAGAGGAGAGGAGAGGAGGGGGGACGCGUCCAGAGAAAGACGAGAGACAGAGAGCACCACCCAUCCUCUCGCUGGGGCUUAAUGCAGACCUGUUUAAGAGGAUUGUCCAUCGACUGGCUAAUCUGCCUGCAGCCAGCGCAGCAGAACCCGACGGUGCUAAUGUAAUGAGAGCUGUCGCAUUACCUGCCUGCGUACCUGCCGACGUAGCAGCGCAGGGAAGGUGCACCGCUCCUCAGCGAAGGAUGCUCUCACACACACACACACUCCUCGCUGCACUCACCGGCCACCGAGUGGUCACCUAUUUCAGGGCAAGCAGAGGUUCACCCACCAGAAGAUUGAACGCCCCAGACGGCUAUUUCAGAAUGAAAUGUCAUAUUUUCUGGUGCUAACGUCUGGGUUUUUUUAGCGUAGCAUCAGAGCUUGUGAUGAGCGUCAUGGGGGCCGAGGAUGUAACUACGGCUGUGUAUGUUUGUUAUCCCUCUGAAGUAUGGAGCAAAGGCUGCUAUUGUAUAUAACAAACUGGUACUCUAUUAGAGCAGAAUGACAAAGAAGGGUCGGUCAUGUCAAUUCACGCACUUUCCAUGAAUCUUUUUUUUUUUUUGAGCUGUCAGGCCACAAAAAGGCCCAUCUAGUGUUUAAAUCAAGAACUCUAAGAAGCUUUGGAUGGAUUUUAUAUAUGUAUGUCAAUUAUUUAAUAAUCAGUGCAGAGAAAAGAGCAUUAAAUGCAUGUAGGCUAAAGGGAACACCGUAGAGCACACAAUACACUAAAUAGACAUUUACGUUUAUACUUUUUAAUGAAAUGUAUAGUUUUAACCGGAAACCAAAAUAUAAAGUCAGUUCAGCUUUCCUUUUUCUUUUGAAAUAAUCCCCUGCAUCUCAUCAUGUUAAUGGUGAUUAUAGAAGCAGCUUAAUUCAAGCGCGGUGUGCAAAAAAGCACCAGACUCAGUCAGAAAAAUGUAUAUUGUGUAAUUUAUCUUUUCCUUUAACUUGUGUUUCAUCACUGCACUGCAAAGUAUAAGGUGUAUGUAAAUAAGAUGUCAUUAAGUAAUUAAAUAAUUAAUUUGUAACAACUGCAUUGGUUGGCCUUCCUAACGGCGUAACCGUUACAUUUCCCUCUCAGCCCCCACAGGGUGGCGCUAAAGCUCUUACGCGGAAGCCAUUUCUCUCUCAAAGGGAUUACAUCAUUUUGCAAGGAAGAAGACUUUUUUGCUAUAAGUUGCUAUUAAAUCAUCAAUACAUGAAAGGACCUUAGAUCAUUCUUUUUAAUCCACCCACUGUUGUUGUGCAGCUGACGCUUUUCUUUGCUGUGCUCGAACUGAUUCCAACUCACCAUGAGAACACUGCGCUCCGGAGCCGGCCUUCUCUCCGAUUGGCCCGUCCCAACAAAGGUUCUGCUGGUUUUAUUUUUGAGACAAGUUAUGUUUGAGACCAAAAUGUCGGGAAAGCCGUCUGUGGCAGAUUAGAAACAACCCCUACAUUCCAGACCUGGCAGGAUUGUUCCACCAGCAGCCGACUGGAAAGAUUGUUGUCCUUUUCUUUAGAAGGGAAGGAUUAUGCGAUUACACAUUCCUCUGUUCAACGGUCCAGAAGAUUGUAUCAACUCUGAUCAUGAUGCGCGAGCAGAAGAACACACGCACAAAGAUCCUCUUUGUUAUUAUUUAUUAAAAAUCAACACAUAAUUACAUAACACACAAUUCCAACAGCUUCUUUGUGGAAAACAGUGAAAAAAAAAUGGCACAACGUGGUUGGCAGGUGAACAUGUGUGAAGCACCAGACUGUCGCCAGCGUCCCUCUGCAAACCUAAUUCAGUGCAGACCGAAGGCAAAAAUAAAAAACUGAGUUCAUGAAGUGCAAAGACCUUUUUUCCCCCUUAAACAUUAAAGAUGACAGAAGAAAGCGCACAUGGUUUGCAAUAGUGACAAAAACAGGAUGU